AUGGACAGCAAGGUCAACCCUAUAUCCAAUGAAGUUGCCAUGACCUACACUAAACCUGCCAAUUCUACAAUCUUUGAAAACCUCCCUGCUGCCAACACCUCCUACCAUUCCAACACCUCCUACCCUACCAACAUCUCCUACCAUUCCAACACCUCCUACCCUACCAACUCCUCUUACCCUACCAACUCCUACCCAACUGACACCUCCUACCCUAUCACCACCUAUUCCCAGUCUGGUGUAGUCCCUACAAUCAUGGUGACUCACAUGGGGAAGACUAAAGCCAGUCAUCCCUACACUGUCACCUUCCCUCACCUGGACAUUGACGCUCAUGUCUGUGACCUUGAGCAAGCUGCCAGGGAGGAAGAUGCUGAGGAAGAGUGA